ACCAAAACAAACUUUUUUUGGGUUAGAAUCCGGAGCCUGCAUUUUUACUAAAUUCGCUGCGAAAAGUGAGGAAUUACUAGGAUUUAUUAACAUCCGAGAACGCAUGGAUGGCGUGACUGAACACCGCAACGGAUAAAAAAGACUACAGCAUAGAAUGUCAAGUACACCAGCCAAACCAGCUAUAUCGGCAACGAAAAAGACGGAAGCAAAAAAAACCUCUCAGAAACGGAAUCGCCCGGAAGGCGGUUCCGGCAAGGGUGGCCACAAUCACCGUAAACCGACCGAUCGCCACACGUUGAAGAAACGAGUCCUGCCCAAGUUUUUCACACGGGAAAACGAUAUCUACGUUACCUACAAGUCAGAUUUCACGUACCAAUUCAAAACCUGUCUGGAUCUGCUCAACUCUCACUUGGGUGAAGUGUUUCUGCAUUGCACUGGGCGAGCCAUCAAUCGUGGCAUCAACUUGGCGUUGAGGCUGAAAGCGGAACAUCCCGAAGCGUUCGAGUACGAGGUGAACACGUCGCAGGUGGCCAUCACGGAUGAUCUACAUCCGCUGCACGACGCGGACGAUUUCAACGUACAGCGACGAUUGAACUCCUCCCUGCACGUGCGUCUAUAUCGCACUGUGAAGCUGAAGCCUACCAACAACGCCACCAGCGAAGCGAAAGAUUAA